AUGUAUGCUUACCAUCUUUUCUUCUUAAUUUUAACACAGGCUCUUCUGCGUUCGUCCCAAUCUGCCAACAGAAAAAUCCUUUCGGCAACACAAUCUGAACAGAAGUCGAACCACUCUAGGAACCCAAGUGCUUUUCGCCAGCUUUCCAUACAUAAUUCUGUUCAUAAACCAAUUGCUCCUGAAAGUCAAUCAGCUAGUCCUUUGACUAAUAAUUCAUUUCUUAAAUCGCUAUCGCUCCCUUCUAAAGUUGGUGAUACUAGUUCUACAACGGAAGUCCCAAUCAUUCGACGUCGUAAGCAGCAUAUCAAAUUGACAGAUGACUUAUCCUCGAACUCUGAACUCACAAGGUCUCAGAAGCAACGCUUCGUCCUUGGACCCCACAACUCCUUAAGGCAAAACCCCUCUAUGUCUCCAUCUACUCAAAGCGAACUAAAAACUCAUAGUUCACUCGCUCUCUUUCCUUCACCCUUGCUUUACCCCUCCCAAUCACCCAACCGACAAUUUUCUGGUGAUCUUGUUAAGGCUGAGGACCGACUUCGUCCUAGUGGCAUUGACAAAGAGCAGACUGUGGAGAAAGGGGUUUCCUUCAAAAACAAACGCCGCAUCAAUCCCGAACCCGUAGUUCCUGACCGACCUUUUCCAAAGCCCGCAGUUCCGACUGGUUCUGCUUCUACGGCUUCAUCGAGUUCAGAUGACCAGAUCGAGUUGGACGAGUUUCCGGAUACAAUCGAUUUUCAUACCAUUAUCGGAGUAAGCGCCAGUUUUAUUUUUGUUUUCAAUACUUUUUACUACUUAUUUUCAAUUCAUCUAAAUUGUAAUGUUCGUAUCAUUUUUAUUUGA